CAGGAUUAGUUGCAUUGUGAUUCGCGAAGUGGUACUACCGUUUCGGAAGAUGGAAUGGUUAUGCGUGUUCAUAACCAGUUUAGUGGUGCCAGCGGUGAUCGUUUACUACUUUUUGCGCCGUCAGCAACGACUUUGGCCCAAUCUAGGCAUUCCAACUGCACCGAAUCCUCACAUCUUAUUCGGCAAUGUCCGUGGAAUAGCUCGAACGGAGCACAGUUACAGUAUCCUGCAGCGAUUGUACUACGAGUUCAAACAACGCAAUGUUCCGGUUGGAGGUUUUAUGAACUUCUUUCAGCCGGCAAUUCUGGUUGUGGAUCCGGAGGUUGCGAAAUGCGUUCUAGUAAAAGAUUUCUUCGAGUUCCACAACAGAGGAAUCUUCGUUGACACGGUGGGGGAUCCACUGAGCGGUGGAUUGUUCAGUUUGGAAGACACCCAGUGGAAAGUUAUGAGACAGAAAAUGACUCCGACGUUCACUUCGGGAAAGAUGAAGUAUAUGUUUGGAACAGUUUUGAAAGUUGCACAAGAAUUGAGGCAAUUCGUUUCGGACAAUUGCCAUCGAGAUGAUUUGGAAAUAAAGGAUCUCCUGCAGCGAUUCACCAUGGACGUUAUUGGGAAUGUUGCCUUCGGGAUUGAAUGUAAUACGUUGAAGAAUCCCAAUUCCCAAUUUAGCAUAAUGGGAAAUAAAUCGUUUUACGUGGAUACAGUGCGAAUGAUAAAGUUUUUCGUCGGCGGUCAGUAUAAGACGUUAGCGAGGAAAAUUGGAAUAAAGGUUGUACCAGAUGACGUUGCUCACUUAUUCUUGGAACUUGCAAAAAAUACCGUGCAGCUAAGAGAAAACGGUGGGGAGAAUAGAAACGAUUUCAUGAAUUUUUUGCUAGAGAUCAAGAAUAAAGGGAAGCUAAGCAAUGAACCUAAUUCUGGUGGAGACGGACUGACCAUUGAAGAAAUUGCGGCACAGUGCUUUAUAUUUUUCACUGCAGGAUUUGAAACAUCCUCUUCGACAAUGAACUUUUGCCUAUAUGAACUAGCAAUGGAUCCCGAUUUGCAGGAAGCAUUGAGAACAGAAGUUGUAGAAUCACUAGCGAAAAACAACGGUGAAUUGACUUAUGAAACACUGCUCGGAAUGGAUCUGCUGGAUCGAACUGUGAGCGAAACUCUUCGAAAACAUCCUCCCCUGGAUAAUCUUUUCCGUAUUUCCAACGCGCGGUAUACUAUCCCGGGGACCAAAUACACGGUUCCAGAAAACACUCUCUUCCAAAUACCCAUAUACGCCAUGCAUAACGAUCCGGAGUACUUCCCAGAACCCGACCGUUUCGAUCCGGAUCGGUUUCUUCCUGAGGCAGUAAAGUCACGCCAUCCAUACGCAUAUUUGCCGUUCGGCGAAGGACCGCGGAAUUGCAUUGGAAUGCGAUUCGGUUUGAUGCAGACGAAGAUCGGAUUGGUGACGCUGCUGAACAAUUUCCGCUUCACGCCCAACUCAUUGACACCGAAAAAGUUGGGCUAUAGUCCGACAUCAUUUGUGUUGUCACCGCGCUCGAGAAUUUGUCUCCGAAUAGAAUCACUGAAUAGUUAAAGUUAACCGCACGAGUGAUGCUGCGUAACAGUGUGUGGAAGUGCAUGAUUUAUUGCAUGAAAAUACUAGCCAAUCAGAAACGUAAAUAGGAAUGACUUGUAAAUUUGAUUUUUAAACGGUGCACACGUCCAUAUCAGUUGGUCGUCGUGAAAAAUUGGGCCGAAUGAUAAAACCCGAACUAAAAAAAUAAAACAUCCGACAAUAAAUCAAAAUAUUAUAUAAAUAUUAUAUUAUUUAUCAUUUUCAUCUCAUCAUUAUGCUUUUCGUAUAACAUGAUGAGAAUGUUAUGUACUACUGUAGGAUCAUAGGGUAGGGCGAGGCUAGUUGGUCAUAGGGGUAAGUUGGUCAGUGAACGGUAUCUUGAAAUCUGAACGUUCAAAAAGUUAUCGAUCUAUGGAUGCGAAAUAGCGAACUGCUGAUACAAUUAAAUAAGCAAAUUGGAAAAACUUUUAAAAUACGAACAUGAUGCCGACAUUUCCAUAAAUCAUCCACUGUUUGCGCAUUAUACAGGGUUUUCCAACUUUAAAUUCCGAAAGUAAAUUGAAAUAAAACACACUUGGAAUUCGAA